AUGCUCUGUCUCUUUACUCCUCAUUCUCUGUCUCCUACUUCUCAUUCUCUGUCUCCUACUCCUCAUUCUCUGUCUCAUACUCCUCAUUCUCUGUCUCCUACUUCUCAUUCUCGGUCUCCUACUCCUCACUCCCAGUCUCCUACUCCUCAUUCUCUGUCUUCUACUCCUCAUUCUCGGUCUCCUACUCCUCACUCCCAGUCUCCUACUCCUCAUUCUCUUACUCCUCACUCCAAGUCUCCUACUCCUCAUUCUCUUACUCCUCACUCCAAGUCUCCUACUCCUCACUCCCAGUCUCGGUCAUCCACUCCUCACUCCAAGUCUCUUACUCCCCAUUCUCUUACUCCUCACUCCCAGUCUCCUACUCCUCAUUCUCUUACUCCUCACUCCAAGUCUCCUACUCCUCACUCCCAGUCUCGGUCAUCCACUCCUCACUCCAAGUCGCUUACUCCCCAUUCUCUUACUCCUCACUCCCAGUCUCCUACUCCUCAUUCUCUUACUCCUCACUCCAAGUCUCCUACUCCUCACUCCCAGUCUCGGUCAUCCACUCCUCACUCCCAGUCUCGGUCAUCCACUCCUCACUCCAAGUCUCUUACUCCCCAUUCUCGGUCUCCUACUCCUCACUCCCAGUCUCCUACUCCUCAUUCUCUGUCUCCUACUCCUCACCCACAGUCUCCUAUUCCUCACUCCCAGUCUCCUACUUCUCAUUCCCAGUCUCCUACUCCUCAUCCUUCUACUAACUAUUGA